AUGGCGCCACCGCCCGAGAUUGCGAUACCGUCGACGAGCGUGUCUGACGAAGGCUCGUCCAAGCCCUACACGCUAUACAACAUCAGUCUUCGCCUACCGCUGCGCUCCUUCAUCGUCCAGAAGCGAUAUUCCGAAUUCGACGCCCUCCACAGCGCCUUGGUCAGCCAAGUUGGCGCUCCACCGCCGUUGCCCCUUCCCGGCAAGCAUUGGCUCAGGUCGACCAUCAACUCGCCCGAGCUCACGCGAGAACGGCAGCUCGGCCUCGAAAAGUACCUCCGAGUGAUUGCGGAAUCGCCGGACCGGAGAUGGCGAGACACUUCGGCGUGGAGAACGUUCUUGAAUCUGCCGAGUUCUAGCACGAGCAACUCUACGGUGUCGGCGGCGGGUAUGGUUGGCACGGCGUCGGGAGUGGCGGAUCCGGGAGCCUGGCUGGAUGUUCACAGGGAAGUGAAGCAGUGUUUGCAUGAAGCGAGACAAUCCCUUUCGAGACGAGACGGAGCGGCCGACAGCGGCAAUUUCACGGCGGCGGCGGAAGCGGCAGCGGCGGCGAAGAGGGUCCUGGUCAAGGCCUCCGGGCUGGUUAACAACCUUUCUGACGGCCUCCGAAGGAUGCAGGAGUCGGGCAGGCUGGGUGAGGGCGAGAUACGGCGAAGACGCGACCUGGUCUCGGCCGCCAAGAUGGAGCGAGACGGUCUGGAUAAGCUUGCCAGCAGCAUGCCUGGCUCGUCGUCGGCCACCAGUCGUGGGGGUAUGGGCCAAGUGCAAGCGUCCUCUUCCAAUAGAGCGAAUCUCUUGGGCGGAUACAAACCCGCGACGUCGGGCCGGGUACUUGGCGCCCCAUUACCCGAAACAGAUCGAACGAGGGAGCUCGACAACCAGGGCGUGCUGCUGCUGCAGAAGCAGGAGAUUCAAUCCCAAGACCAGGCAAUCGACCAGCUCGCCGCAAUCAUACGGAGGCAGAAAGAGAUGGGCAUUCAAAUCAGCGAAGAGGUGGAGCGACAGACGGAGCUUCUAGACUCGCUCGACGAGGAUGUCGACCGGGUCGAAGGCAAAAUCAGGGUCGCCAACAGGCGUAUUAAGAAGAUGUGACUCAUUGCCACGACGGCUCCCUUUCAGGCAUUGUUGCUGGUGAUGAGGGUUUUGGCUUACUGGCUUUGGGUUCUAAAGACGUUGGUUGACAUUUUGACUUGGGUAUGGGAGUUGGUGCUUGUGAUUUUUUCUUAGGGGCGGGCGGGAAGCCGGCAUAAACCUCCUUUCUUGAUUACUGCUUUUUAAUUGCGGGAAGACACGACAUACUGAGCGAGCGAGCGAGACGUUGAAAAACAUUCACCAUCAUGCAUCAUGUACUAUUUUAUGUUUCUUUGUUUGGUCUUUCUGGGGAGGUUGAGGCUUCGGGGGCGCAACAUGAAUGUUUUGGCACUGGGAUGGGGGUUAACAUGCUCAAUCGCUAUGAUGUCAGCUGUAACGAUAAAUGGCAAUUUUACGCAAUACCGUUACUAUUAUGAGGCGCGGUGCUGAAUAGAUAGGAUAAUAUGAAGUUGCUUCU